UAUUGUAUUGUGCAGUCUUGUUUAACCAAUUCUCUGCGUUGUGGUUCUGAACUAAUAGGAUACGGACCAUUGUGACGCACAAUUAAAGAGUCUUAAGUGGGCCAAUAGACAUCAUGGAACAAAAUGUAUCCACCACGAACGGUCUACCGGUAAUCACAUUCGAUAUGAUGGCAGCAAUAUGUCAUAACAACAGAGGCAUUGGCUACCAGGGUGAUCUGCCAUGGCCAAAAUUGAAGGCCGAUUUUGAGUAUUAUUUAAAGACCACAUCCACACACAAGAAAGACUCCAGUUUGAUGAUUAUACAUGUACAUGGCCGUAAGAGCUGGGCGGGAUGUACGGAGCUUCAGGGGAGCUAUGGAGGAGUAUAUCACAUCGUCUGUAGUCAGUCACGUGACCCAAGUAUUAAGACACACCCGAAUCUCCUGGCGGUGGCCGGAAGUGUACCCGAGGCGCUGGAGCACAUCGCAGAACUGGACCGGAAGGGGAAGGUGGACAGCGUCUGGAUAAUGGGUGGUGCAGGCAUAUACCAGGAGUGCCUGUCUCACCCGCUCUGUGGACGAGUCUAUCUCACUCACGUGUACAAGGAUUUUCCGUCAGACACAUUUUUCCCACAUUUGGAUGACAACUUCCGAGAAGUAAAAAACGACGUCAUUUCCGAUACCUAUCACGAAGAAAACGGCAUUUCCUUCGAAUUCAAAGUAUACCAGAAUUUAAGGAAAUGCAAGACUUCUAUAGAAUUGAUACAUUGACGCUCACUUAGUUUAUUGUACGUGUUAACAAUAUCCUAAUUAUUUGUUGAAACUUUAUUUUAUCCUUACUCAGAAGUAGCAAAUAAGCGUAAUUUGAAGAGUUUUCACCUAGAAAUACGGGCUCUGCAAAGGCUAAUCAUGGACGACACGGUCCGCUUCGAUGGACCAUUUGUUUUAAAGGAAGUCUCGUUUAAACGAAAACCGUUUUUAUGCGGAAAGAGUCACCCAUGAUUAGUCUGUUCGGACUAUACAGGCUAAUCUGGGACGACACUUUAUGCGCACACAAUGUCAUAUGUAUGAUACAUUCAGUUCAGUUUUGUCAGAGAAAGGCUUUGAUUUUAACGCAAAUAAAUAUAAAAUUUCAAUUCUGAAGAUAAACUAUGCUAUCAGUGUUAAGACUGUGUGUUUGUACGUCAGUGUGUUUGUAUAUACCACAUUGUAUACUGCGAAGUCGUGCGCGCAUUGAAAGACUUUUGACUACUUCAAUAGCGUACCACUCGAUUACAAAAUGUUGGUUCUUUUAAAAUAGGCAAUAUUAUUAGUUGUGUUUGUUUAAGCACCUAUAUGUUUAUGUUAUUAUUUCCAUAUUUGGACUAGUAAAAGUAUAAGUAUGUUGAUUAUUACAUUGUCGAUUGUUGUGUUGGUGUUGUUAAUGAUGAUGAUGAUUGAUGCUUUUUUAUUCAACUUACGAGU